GCGAAGGAAGGUUCCUCCUAAAUGGAUCCAAAGGAUCAGUGAUGGCCCAAAGCCAAACAGCUGCAGGAAAAGACGGAUUGUCCUAUUUAGUUCACUAGCUUUAAAUUGCAAAUCUUACUCUUUGCAUAAAGUAAAUCCUUGAUUUUACCUAUCAAGCUGAUGGAAUUGGAAGGGAAUAUAGCAGAUGUUGAAAAAAAAGUGGCAAAGAUCUUAAAGCUUAUCAAGAAUAAGGACAAGUUCAAGAAAGAUGGUUUCCCAAGAGAGCUGAAGAAAGAAACAGAACUUGUUCGACUUGUUGAGGAUUUUCACAAACAAUACCAGUCACUCUUUGCACUAUAUGGUAACCUUAAAGCAGAAUCAGAGAAGAAAGCUCGUGGCAGGAAAGGGAAGGAGAGGUUUUCUACGUCAACCUCCAGCUCAGAGUCAGAAUAUUAUUCCUCAGAGGACACUGAAAAUAAUAGAAGCUGCUUGAAAAGUGAGCGUCUGAAAGCAGCACUAAGUAAAAUACACGAUGCAGAAACCACAAACAAAAAAUUGAGGAAUGAAGUGGAUGAACAAGCAAAAGAACUUGCAUCCCUUGUUAAGACAAGUGAGGUUCCGGAGAAUCAAGAAUCAGGACAAAGAACAGAUUUAGAGGACCAGUUAACUAGCUUGAAAAAUGAGCUGGAAUCAUUGUACUGCCAGAAAAGAGAUCUGGAAGCACAGCUUGUUUUCAAAGCAGCUGAAGCUAAACAGCUAGGUGAAAAAAAUAAAGUGAUGGAGGCCCAGGUUCUGGAACUUCAACUGAUGGCAAAAAGGGGAGAUGGAUGUACUGAUCUCCUGAAUGAACCUGGAGACAAUAAGGAUAAUUUGUCAUUCAAAGUUGUUGAGUUGAUGGAACAGGUCAGCAUUCUGCAAUCAGAGGUAGAUUCUUUACGUGCUGAGAAAAGUAUGUUUGAAGAAACUCUGAUAUGCAGAGGAGAUGAAACAUUAAAGCAAUAUUUAGAGUCCAUGCAUAACAAACAAGCAGAAUUAGAAGUUCUGUUGGAGAAGAGAACCAAAGAAAUGUCCCAAUACCUGUUUCAGAUUAAAACUCUAAAAGAGGACUUAGCAAGAAAGACGACACUCGAGCAGAAAAUGUUGGAGAAAGAAGGCUUGUUGGUGCAGGUAAUGGACCUUGAACUGGAAGUGGAGACUUUUUGCAAGCAGAAAAAUGAUGUGGAAGAACAGAUGAGAAGUAAAAUAUGUGAAACCAGUCAACUGAAAGAUGACAAGGAAGAUCUGCAGGAUAAGAUUCUAGAAUUGGAGGGAUUAUCUCAAGAAGAAGGGAAUCAACCUUCCAAUCAAAAGAAUUGUCAAGCUGGGGACGAAGCCUCUGUUCAGAUUGUGACCUUAAAAGCACAUGCUGACUAUCUACAGCAGGAGUUGGAUUCCUUGAAGACCCGGAAUCAUCAGUUGGAGUUGCAUCUAGAGGGAGAAAGACAAGAACAUUCACAAAGACUGUCUCAGAUGGAAGAUCAAAACAUGACGUUGACUAGCAAGAUUGCUGAGCAGCAGAGAAUCUUGAAUGAACAGGAAAAGACCAUCAAUAAAUUCUUGGAGGAUUCUAAACAGGUCAAACGAUGGUCAUGGUCAACAGGGACCUCCAAUUCCAAAGUAAAUCACCAUGUCCUAGAAAGGAAGAUGGAAGUUUUGGCAGAAGAGUUCCGAAAGAAACUGGAAGAUAAUAUCCGCUUGUUGCACCAGAGGAUCAGAGUAGCAGAAAAAAUGCAUUAUGAAAACAAAGAGAACUUUAGGAAGACAACAGAAAAGUUUGAGCAAGAAAAUGAAGCACUUAAAGAAAGGCUUGCAAUUUAUGAAGCCGAAUCCAAGAAGUUGAGGGCUACACUAGAGCCAGGGAUCAAAGUAGCAGGAAAAACACAUUACGAAAACGAAGAGAACAAUAGGAAGACAAAAGAAACGUUUGAGCAAGAAAAUACAGUGCUUAAAGAAAGGCUUGCAAGUUAUGAAGCUGAAUCCAAGAAGUUGAGGGUUACACUAGAGCCAGGGAUCAAUGCACUGGUCGGAUUGGACUUGGCAAUCAGAAAGCUAGAGGACAAUGGGAAUUUCCUUACUCGCAUAUCAAAUGUGAAAAAUGGACUUGUGCUUGCAAAGAACUGGGCCUCAGGGAAGAAUAAUGAGAUAAAACAGUUAGAGAGUAACAUGAAUUCUGUGGUUGCACAACUUGAUGACAAGGAAGAGCAAGAAUUAUUGUUAAGGGAGAAGGUUUGGAACUUGGAAGCAUUGCUGCGCAAGGAAGUAGGAGAAAAGUUGAAUCUGAUAGAAGAAGUGAACCAACUCGAGAAGAGGAUCAAAGAUAAGGAUGACAAAUUGUCAGGUCUUGGAGAGGAAAAGAGGGAGGCCAUAAGGCAGCUCUGCCUCUUGAUUGAUUACCAUCGCUGCCGCUACAAUGGUCUUAAGGAAUUAAUCUCAAUUGCAAACGUUAUAAACAGAACUUGAACUCUGUCAUACACCUUUUUUUCUUUUUUCUUUUUUUAUUUGGGAAAUGAUUUUUGUACAACUUUUUAUCUCGCCUUUUUUAUAAUUUUUUUAUCUUAUUUUUUUGUAUAACUUGAAAUAUUAAUAAAAUGAUUGGUUCUUU